ACAACGUUAUUCCCGGAAGAGCCAUAAAUCUGUGUGGAGAGCCGACCGGGUAUACGGAAGGGCCGCCCGAAGGAUUAACGGGAUUAUAGAUGGAAGGAUAUACGGGCAUACUUACACGUGCUCGUGAUUAACGACUAGAUGUCCGGUCAACUACGUCAUUAAACCCAGUCUAACUCUAUACCCCAGUAAUACAUGGAUGAAUUGUACGUAUAUAGCUAUUAGGAGACAAACGAUGACAGACUAUACUUUACUUCUGGAUACGUCAGACAGGUGCGAAUUCAACAGGUGAUUCUCAGGCCUGUUUCUGAUAAGAAAUGAUAUGACGUAAUCUACCAGGACUGUGACGUCAUCAGAUAGACAUUCUACAUAAGUACCUAUGAUGGCGAAGCGUCAAAAGAAAAUAGUUUAUGGAGACCAAAUCCAGCGGUCGGAAUACAACGAUGGCGUCCUUAGAAACAACAACCGAGCUAAUAAUAGAUUAUCUCGCGAGAUGUUAAUGUACGAGAAAGCACAAAAGGUCAUUUUAAAAGACCUCGGAAAAGAGACCCAGUUAUUACGUACAAAAUUAAGUAUGUCCACUAUAGCCUCUCCGCGUUUAUCAUUCGCUAAGAACACAGUUACAGACAUCGAACCUUUUACCAUAUAUGGCAUGUCCGCCAAUCCCAAGAGCAAAAAGGAACCCGUCCGAAAAGUAACUCUAAAGCCAAUAUAUCCGUCUGUUGGAGAUUCAACCCCAACCCCCAGGGCAAAUUUCCACCCAGGAACAAGUUUCGUAAGUUCAAAAGGUCAUGUAGUGGUGAGUUCAAGCUCACGGAACGGAUUGGUGGACUCGAGAAACGACAAAGUGAACUCGAGGAGUAGUUUGUUAGAAUCACGAAAUAGUGUUUUAAAUUCUCGAAAUGACUUCAUUGACGGUUCAGUGAGCGCUAGAGGCGGCAUGCCUGACCCUCGAAGUGGAAAAAUAAAUUCACGUGCAAAUUUGAACAGUUCCCGGAAUAGCGGAGUUCAACUUAGUUCAUUAUCUACCACCUCUGGCAAAUUGCAAUCUUCAAAAUCCAGAAAAGCGACGAAAUCUGGUAAAACUGGAAUUUCUAGUACCGAUAAUGAAAGUGAUUUCUCAACAACUGAGCCACGAGGGGGAAGAACAAGUGUCAUUUCCGACAUAAAGAGUCGACAAGCCCCCUCUCGGCUGAGUUUUAUCGAAAUACUUGCGGAAGCUGAAGAACGAAAGGCAAAAGAAGCAAAACUUGAAAUAGAAGCAAACUCGGUCACAACGCCAAUGCUUCGUCCGAGAACGCCAGUUCUGACUGCUGAUGGUGACGUCACCGCACCAUCAGAUGCCGUCAACAACCAUGACGAAAAGGGUCGGAGAGGAAGUCACUUAGGGGCUACACCUAAAGCUACGGCUGUGACCAUUGACCAGGAUUGAAAUUGGCAAGGUUUUCGGAUGUAACAUGGAUCAUUAUUAUAUAUAACAGUUCCAACGCAGCCGCUAGAGAUCGAACCCAGGGCACCUGGCGCACCAGGCUGAUGUUGUACUGAUUAAAUUAAAGUAAAAAAAAAGCCUGUAGUAAAAGUCGGUAGGGAACAGCUGGUAACCUACCAGAGUGUCACACAGGGCGAAAAAGGGAGAUAACUAGGGAAGUUUUUUUUUUUUUACGGAUUUUCUUAUCUGUUUCUGACGUUAUAUCAAAUUUCUUAUUCUAGUUUAAUUUAAAAAAAAAAAUUUAUAGACUAAAUAAUUUAAUUUACCGUUUUGUUUUUUAUGUGAAUAAUAAUCCUGGUUCAUAAAUGUAUUUCGGUCUUAUGCUUGCCGUAUUUGUACAUGUAUUACAAAACAAACAUUUCCAUGUUAGUUAGCUUAGUAAAGUCACAAACCUUUGUUUGAUUUAUACAAUGAAUCUUAUAAACAACGUUUAGAUAGACAAAGUGUAUUGCUACAUUAAUAUAUUCACAAUGUUCACCGAAAUGCAUGUAUUUAUUUACAAACAGUAUUAAUUAUCGGGGGGGGGGGGGGGGGGGGGGGGCGUUACCAGGUAUAUGUUCAGUACUUGUUAAUUUUUCCCAGGGACACGGCACCCUCAUAAAACAUAAAUAAUGUAUAAAAUGUAAUUUAUUAUUAACCAUUGUAACGUGUCUUGCCCCUGUGUAUCCAAUUGUUACCACGUGAUCACCGUUAUUGUUUGUACGUAGUAGUUAGACUCGGUGACGUAGCAGUUGAUGUCUUUGAUGACGUUUAAUCGGAGAUAACGGAUGAGACGUAGGAAAACGACUUGGAAAAUGAAUGUAAAUCUUGUUAUAACAGAGCCGUGUAGUAUAAUGUUCAAUAUUGAUAGUGUUAUCGUCGUCACCUACCUCUUCCAGAGUUGUCGUUCCUGAUUUACAACUUCGCGUGAGUAUCAGGAACGAUAACUCUCACAGGGAACCUCGGUUAGAGUUAGUGUGAGGAUAGGUUUUAUAGUAUUAUGGUAUUUAUAAUAUUAUACGAACAGUAAAGAUUGAAUUGUCACAUAUGUAAAUGUAUUUCAUAUAUGUUUGUUUUUUUAAAUUAAAAUUAAAGUUAAUUUAUUGAAUAAAGAACACAAUACACCGAA